AUGGGCGGCCGCGGACGGACCCUCGCCUACUCGCCCCCUUCAACUUGCUGCUCGUGCAGGCUGGAAAUCACUCUGAGAUUCCACUUAGCCGCAACUUUUGCCAAAGUUAAUACGAGAAGUGGUUUUGCUAGUGUCUUGUUAGUAUUCCUCUGGUCGCUCUCUCAAUACAAGCGUCUCACCGAGGAAUGCGAUGUCCUCGUGCCUCGAGGCAGAGCGAAGGGAAAGUCCCAGCCCGACCUUCCUAAUGCGAAAUGUUAUCACCGGAGACCGAAAUAUAACUGUUGGCCUUGCCGCCUUGGCGGCGGUUCUUCGCGGCCCUGA